AUGGCCGGCAUCCGCGUCCUAGACAACUCCACAAUUCACGAUAUCCUGAUCAACCUCUCCCGCACUGAAACAUUCGAUUUCCUCCACAUCCUUGAACAAACACUGCUGGAUUUCACGACAACUGAACGCCACCACCAGCCAGCUCCUAGCGUGGCCAACCGCCCGGAUGGCCAAAACACUCUCUUCCGUCCUUUCACAUCCUCCUCCAGCAUUGGCACAAAGAUCAUUGUUGACCCUGCACCAAAUUCAACCGGGAAAAGAGAUCCGCAAGGCGGCGUCAUUGUCCUCUGUGAUGAGAAGGGGAGCCCUUCAGGUGUUCUAAGCGCCGAGGAGAUCACCGGCUACAGGACUUCAAUGAACGCUAUGGUGCCAUUUUGCUGGAGGAAGCAUGUUGAGAACAUUGUGAUUUUCGGCGCUGGGGUGCAAGCUCUCUGGCAUAGUCGGCUCAUUCUUGCUCUCCGGGGUGACGAGGUAAAAUCAAUCACCUAUGUUAGCGGCGACAGAGCGCGCGCGAAUAAGCUGCGAGCCACUAUUUCCGCGGAGAAUGACGCUCGGUGGAAGGCUAGCUGUUCGUUGCGUCAUAUCUCCAGUUUGGCGCCAGAAGAAGAGUUCCAACGAGAGCUGAAAAGUUGUUUGCAUGAAGCAAGUUGUAUAUUUUGUACUACGCCGGCCAAGAAGCCUCUCUUUCCGCCAUCCUAUCUGCCCAAUGUGGGCUCAAAGGGCAACAGCAGCAGCAGACUCCCUUUCAUCUCAGCCGUUGGUUCCUGGCAGCCGGACAUGAUCGAGCUAGAUCCAGAGCUACUAAGACUUGCCAUUGCAAGCAACAGUUCUGUCACUGAAAAAGCUGGUGGUGCGAUUCUGGUCGACGAUCGGGAGUUUGGCCUCACGAACUCGGGUGAACUCAUUCAGAGCCAAGUUGCUGCAAAAGAUAUUGUUGAGCUGGGCGAAAUCAUAGCCUUGAGGAAGGGAAGAAGAAAUGAGAUAUCUGGACUAGUGGCGGAGAGGGGUGCUGAGGAGAUGAAUUGGUUUAUCUCAGAGGGCUUCGUCGUUUACAAGAGCGUUGGUGUGAGUCUGACGGACUUGACAGUAAGCGAAGCAGUUCUUGAACUGGCAAAGGCGAGGGGAUCAAAGUCGUGA